AUGCAGACGAGGACGAAGAAGACGAGGGACGAAGAAGACGAGGACGAAGAAGACGAGGACGAAGAAGACGAGGACGAAGAAGACGAGGACGAAGAAGACGAGGACGAAGAAGACGAGGACGAAGAAGACGAGGACGAAGAAGACGAGGACGAAGAAGGGUCCGGUAGCAGCCGGGGUUCUCCGGGGAAUGAUGUCAAAAGGAAAGAAGCAAUUGUCAAAAGGAAAGAAGCAAUUGUCAAAAGGAAAGAAGCAAUUGUCAAAAGGAAAGAAGCAAUUGUCAAAAGGAAAGAAGCAAUUGUCAAAAGGAAAGAAGCAAUUGUCAAAAGGAAAGAAGCAAUUGUCAAAAGGAAAGAAGCAAUUGUCAAAAGGAAAGAAGCAAUUGUCAAAAGGAAAGAAGCAAUUGUCAAAAGGAAAGAAGAGGUUGCAAUUUUCAAUGAUGGAAAAAGAAAAGAAGAGGUCGCAAUUUUCAGUGAUGGAAAAAGAAAAGAAGAGGUUGCAAUUUUCAGUGAUGCCAAAAGGAAUGAAGAGAAGCCUCGCUGCUUCUACUGGUGGCCAUUUUUUCUUGCUGCUGGAAUUCUGUAA